UAUAAAUUGGCCUCUCCGCUAGGGGCCUCUUUCCCACUCCUCUCUCUCUCUCUUCUUCGCUUGCUUCCGGUGGAAGCGCUCGUAGAUUUUUGGGGAUAAAACCCUAGCCCUAGAGAAAGCUGGCGGUACGCUAAUGGCGGCGGAUGUGAGCUUUUCAGCGCGGAUGCAGAGCGGGUACAAAGAAGAAGGGGAGGGGAAGAGGGAUUUGGUCACCAGGGACCUCCUCGGCGGCGGGGCGGUGCUCAGAUCCCCGGCGGAGGUAGAUCUCGACGUCCAGGUCCCCGCCGGCUGGGAGCGGCGCCUCGAUCUAUUGUCCGGUAAAACGUACCUCGAGAAGCGCGAAUCCAAUCCGUCGCCCCGCAAUCUCCAGGACCUCAACCUCCCGCCACCGCCCUCCUCCUCGGCCACCGCCGGCGUCCUCCCGGAGGACUCCACCGCCCUCGACCUCAAGCUGGUGGCGCCGGCUCCCUCCUUCUCCGCCUACCAGAGCGUGUGCACCCUUGAGAAGGUGAGGUACGCGCUGGAGCGCGAGUCCCGCAUCAGGCUCCCCCUCCGCCCCCGAUCCGACGCCUCCCCUUCGCCCUCCUCCUCCACCUCCUCCUCGAUCAAACGGCGCGCGGCGGCAGAUCAGGACGAGGACGGCGCCACGGACGGCUCUGAUUCGUCCGGUGGGUUGAUCGCCGCCGGUUGCCCGGGGUGCCUCCUCUAUGUACUCAUUGCCAAGGUGGACCCCAGGUGCCCCCGUUGUGACUCGCACGUGCCGGUCCCUACUCUCAAGAAGAAGCCCAAGAUCGACCUCAACUCAUCACAGACUGACUUGUAUUAGCUUAAUGAUAAUAUAUAUACAUCUAUAAAGCACAAACAAAAUUGCUAAAUUUUCAGUAGGAGGUUACAGAGGAAAAUAAUAAUAAUAAAAAAAAGAUAUGGGAGCCGAUGUUUUUCCUUGGGUACAAAAGAAUACUGUUUCGGAGUUGGAUUUAUUUGUU